UUUACUCGUAUCGUUUCAUACCUAUUUCUAAGUUUUGUUUACUUUUCAAUAGAUAUCGUUAUUGGCGCUUUUAAGCAGGCUAUAAACUUUUCGCUGUAUUUUAAGAUAAAAAACCAUGACUAUUAUUUACAAGGUUCAUGGAAAUUCUACCCCCAAUACAAACAAAAGAAUUAUCUGUAGAAUAUCUACCAGAAAUGUUGUUGCAUUCAGUGUCCUUCAGGAGCUGGAAUCCGAAAGCCAGAUAUUUGUUUGUGAUCUUAUUUCUCCGUGGCAAACAUAUUGUGUAACAAAUUCCAAGAAUGUUUUGACAGUUUUAGAGUGGAGUAGUAAUGGAGAACUACUACUAGCUGGUUACAAUGCUGGACUAAUCGAGAUAUGGACAACAGAAAAAGAGUUAAAUUCUUGGUUUCUGCUUUACAAAGUAAACUUUCCUGGCGAGGACAUCAUAUCAGCUAAGUUUUUUCACAACGGAAAGAGUAUAUAUUUUCACUCACAGAAAAAGGACUUGCCGACAUAUGCGGAUAAAUUCGAACGUUUAGAGCAUCGCCCAACAGUGGAACAUUUUGGAAAUGCGCCAACUGAAGGAGCUGUCAUAAUUACGGCAUCCGGUUUGGUAGGUGCAUUCAUUACCCCACACAAAAGAGUCAACGAAUCAAAUCCCCAUUUCAUCGAACUCAAGGCUAAUACGCAAAGUAUUGGACUUUCCCGUUUUUACAUUUCUCUUUGUAGCAUGUCACAUUGCUCGAGUGGCCAUCUGAACGUCGCAGUGAAUUACAGUUGUAGGCCAAAAAUUGUUUACUGCUUUAAAAUUGGAGUAAAGUUGGAUAAUGACAAUAUAUUUCUGAAGAGUGAAGCACUCCCUAGUAUAUUUUCUAACACAGUCAAUUAUAAGCAAAUAUCCAACAUUGGCUGGAUUAAUUCUAAUAAGGAAGAUGUACUUUAUAUCGGAUACAAUACAAUGGAUGGUAGUUUACUUGAGCAGUGGCAUUUAAGCAAAAAACAUCAAUCGGUGCAUAAAUUACUUCAAAAGAACAAAGGAGAUUUUGUUCAGAGCGAGAUUUGGGAAAAUAUAGCAAAAGGGCAUUUCACAGCAGGAAUAUCAGACGUUUGCAGCUCUAAACUUUUAACACAAAUAUCGCAAAUUUAUGUUGUUCUGAGGGAUAAUACUGUACAAAUUGUUGAACCUGGUUUGAAAAAGGUGGCUUUAGCUAUACCAGAUCGUACGAUGGCGGAUGAUCGUUAUGGUCAAUACAAGUUCGUGUCAGCAGACGGAACGCACAUGAAUCAGAUACUUGUUCUCUUUGAUAACUUUGGGCAAAUGUAUGCCAUGCAAGUAACGAGUCCAAUUUCUGAAAAGAAUUACAAGUUGAAUACGUUAUCUCUGCAAACGUCGCUUUUAGAGUAUUCUAUAAUAACUGGGAUCGACCCAAGUGAUAUCCUUAUGCUUAAUUUGGGUAAUCUCGAUAUACUUAUUGAAAAACUAACCGAAAAUUUUACAAAACAAUCUACAAUAACUAGACAUUUCUACUAUUCGAAUUUCUUGUGCUUAAAGAGCAACAUGUGCAGAAUUCAAUCAAGACAACAAGAUUUCGAUAACUUGAUAGUUUUACACACAAUAUCAAUAACAUUUAAAAGCCUUCUUCGACCUGCAGACCUUAGUUGCCAAGAUAAAGGUCCAGGGGAUAACUUAGCUAUGAUACUAUCUGACCAAUCUACAGAUAUUGACAAAGUUUUAUUCAGUUUAGAUGGCAAAGAUUUUGCAGUUGAGCCAUUGACAUUACAAAGCUUACAACAAUUAAUCCAGUGGGUUUCUGAUUUAGCAUUGAGUAUAUUAAAUAAACUUCCUAAUGAAGUCAUCAAAGCGAAGUUAAGUAAGAAGCAAGGAUACGAUAUUAGCAGGGACAGCGUUGCAAUUAGCAGUAUUCGCGAGCUCUUAGUAAUGACAAGAAUUUGGGGCCUAUUAAACCCCCAAUGUUUACCUACGUAUACGAAGUCUGUGGAAAAUAUUGAUGUGCUGGCUACUUUGUUUCGACUUUUGACUCGUCUCGCUCAAAAUACAGCCGAACCUGAUGAUUUUUUAUUAGAUGAAUGCAGUCUCUUAUCUACGCAGGUAUUAAUUCCGCAAAGGCAGUUUAAUAAUCCAGCAACACUAUUAAACAACCACCUAUCUCUCUACAAGUCGUAUCCAUUCAUUUUUGCUUCAGCAAUGGAACCAAGUUGGCUAAAAGACAUAAAUUAUGAGGAAGUCGUGUUUGCCAGUGGCACGAAAGAUGGUGUGAGUAACUUGCAUUUAGGAGCUAAAGCUAGUUCACUUCGACGCUGUAUUCGUUGUGGCUUGGUAAAUAGCUUACAAAACGUAGCCAAAACUGCAGCUAUGAAAGCAUGGUGCCAGCGAUGGUUGUAUUGUCAUUGUGGCGGGUACUGGAUGAAAGUAUAAAAACACAUAAAUAAACAUAAUUUAAUUAACAAAAUAAA